AUGACCAAACCAUUGCUAACAAAUAGCAAGUCACUAAACGAGGCGGGCUUCCACACUGUAGGCUAUGUAGACGAUGUAGCGAUCCUUAUUAAGGGAAAAUUCGUAGGCGUCCUAUGCGAUCUCAUGCAAGGGGCAAACCCAUCGAAAACCGAACUCGUAUUGUUCACAAGAAAGCGAACUACAGAAAAUUUUCGCUUACCUAAAUUACAAGGCACUACGUUAUCUCUUACAAAAGAGGUGAAAUACCUAGGUGUCAUUUUGGAUGAUAAACUGUUAUGGAAUAAACAUUUGGACCACAAACUAGAAAAGGCCUGUAUAACAUUCUGGCAGUGUAAAAGACUUCUCGGCAAAACUUGGGGCGUACACCCUAAAAUUCCCAUAUGGCUAUAUACAGCGGUGGUACGACCAAUCACCACCUAUGGAGCUGUAGUCUGGUGGCCCAGAACCAAACUAUCCACAGCUAGAAACAAACUGCAGCAAUUUCAGAGAUUAGCGUGUACAGCUAUAACGGGCUGCAUGAAAACUACACCCACAGCUGCUUUAGAGGUCCUGUUGGGACUGCCGCCCCUGGAUCUGUUUAUCCAACAAGAAGCAGCCUCAGCAGCAGUCAGGUUAAAGACACUCAAGCUCUGGGGUACAGCAAUAGGUGCCCACGCCGAAAUUCUGGUAGAGGCCAUCAACUACAAACCACUGAUGGCCGCUCCCAACGACAGGGUACCCAAACAAUAUAUCUUCGGAAAAAACUACACCGUAAGGCUGGCCGAAGAACAGCAUGACUGGUCUGGCACACACGAACUGCGAAUAUACACCGAUGGGUCUAAGACCAGGACAGGAUCGGGGGCAGGUGUGUUCUCACCAGAAAUUAACAUCAAGAUAUCAAUGGCCUUAGGCGCACACAAUUCCAUCUACCAAUGUGAAUGUGUCGCCAUCACGGAGGCAGCCAAAGCAGUGGAAAAGCGGGGCCUUAUAGGCCACAAAAUACGUAUUGUAUCCGAUAGCGCUGCUGUAUUACGAGCCCUUGAUAGCAAGACCAUUCAAUCAGGGCUCAUACUAGAGUGCCACCAAGCACUGGAGGGUAUAGGAAAGACUAACUCAGUUACCCUACAGUGGAUCCAAAGGAGCACAGUGGCUCUCUAG